AUGGCGGCCUACGUGAGACGGAUGCACCACGUUUCUCUGCACGUCUCCAAUGUGGACAAACUGGCCAAAGAUUUUACUUCGAAAUUCAAAUUCAAUCUGAUCGCCAGCAGGCUGACUGAACGGACCCGGCAGCUGGCCUUCCGUACCGGGGCGGCGGUGUUUGUCGUCAACGAAAGGACGAACCAAAGUGGCGAACCGGAGCCGCAGCACCUGCCGCUGGACGGGCACCAAAUAGGGGGUUGUCUCUAUGACAUUCCCUCCCACUACCCGGUGGACACCGUGUGUAAUGUGUGCUUCGAGGUGGACGACGUUAACGGCUCGUUCGAGGCUUUGCGGCGGCUGGGUUGCAGCUUCCCGGUGCCGCCCACCACCGUACGGGACCACGAGGGCCAGGUGACCUACGCGGUGCUGCGCUCCACGGUGGGCAACGUAUGCCACACGUUGAUCGACAAAAGCGAGUACCGGGGCAGCUUCUUACCCGGUUUCCAGGUGCCGGACGGCGGACCCGAGCAGCCCCAGCACUGCCAGGAGGCUGUCACUCAUAUGGACCACAUCACCUACGCGUGUCCUACCGGCACCAGCCAGCAGAUCCUCAGAUGGUACCAGCAGCUUUUUGGCUUUCAGAGGUUCUUCAUCCACAGAAACGACAUGGCAGACAGCGGCUUGGUCAUCGACCAGAACGGCAUCGGCCUCCGCUUAGCCGCCAUGGAGUACUGGAAGUGCGGCGAGUCGGGCUUGUCCCUUCCUGGCACGCAUCAAAAAGAGGCAGACUGCAAGUUCGUGCUGGCCGAAUCGCUGCCUGAGCAAGGUAGUAACCAGGUGAACACUUUCUUAAAGGAACACAGAGCGGCAGGGAUCCAGCACAUCGGGUUGUACACGGGUGACAUCGUGGCGGCAGUGCGUGGCAUGGCUGACGCCGGCGUACACUUCUUCUCGCCACCAGCUGCCUAUUAUUCUGAAGUGGAAAAACUGCAGGAAAUUGAGGAUGCGGGUCAGGAUGCCCAGCAGCUGGCACGCCUCGGGAUUCUUCUGGACUCGAACCAGCAGCAACAGAACUCUUCAGCCGGCGAGACACACAGGUACCUGUUGCAGGUGUUCUCCAAGCCUAUCUUCGCCGAGGACACCUUCUUCCUGGAGCUGAUCCAGCGCAAGGGGGCAAGUGGCUUCGGAGAAGGCAACAUUCGAGCCCUUUGGAAGUCAGUGCAGGUGUACAUGGACGGUGAGAAGGCAGAAGAAGCACCUGAAGCUGCACUGCAACAGUCACGAUAA